UUCCGCUUUGGUGUGUGCUCUAAAUCAAGGACAUUAUCAACUCCAGAUCCCCGGUCCCUUCCCAGAAAGCAAAUUCUUACUCUGUUCUCGCCAAUCCAAUACAUUUUCACAAUGACACAAGAAAUAUCACAAACACCUACCACUCAAAUCGAGAAGCUCGAUCGCCAUGGCUAUCUCUUUGGCCAUGGGAUUUCACAUUCCAUGUCCCCUCUUCUACACCAAACGAUAUACAACAAAUUGGGUUUGAACUGGGCUCAAAUACCCCUCGAUUCCACCGACAUGGACCUCUUCCUCAAACUGCGGCAAGACCCAAAAUUCUACGGUGCUUCGGUAACAAUGCCUCAUAAAGUCGCCAUCCUAAACCACCUCGACUCUCUCACACCCGAAGGCGAAGCCGUGGGCGCGGUAAACACACUCUUCAUCCGCGAAGACCCUGCCACGGGUAAGCGACUAUACAUGGGUACCAACACAGACGUCGUUGGUAUCAGGGAAGCUUUCUACCAAAACGUAUCGGACCCAGAUGCCACAUUCCACAACCGCCCCGCAGUGGUGGUAGGAGGGGGAGGAGCGGCACGAAGCGCCGUAUACGCUUUGCGGACGUGGAUGAAAGCAAGCAAAAUCUACCUCGUGAAUCGGGAUCGAGCCGAGGUCAAGGCAGUCAUUGAUGAGUGCGCUGCAAGAGGCUACGGCGAUGCGUUGGUCGAUGUCGCUACCGUUUCCCAAGCGCAGAGUCUGGAACCCGUGGGUGCGAUUAUAGCUUGUGUGCCGAAUUUCACGCCCAAGACAGAGGAAGAGAAAGAGGCGAGACGGGUACUAGAACACUUUCUGAAGCAAGAGCACAAGGGUGCGAUAUUGGAGAUGUGCUAUCAUCCUUCGCCAUGGACAGAGAUUGCGGAUAUCAGCCAGCAGGCUGGUUGGAAGUUGAUUUUGGGAACAGAGGCUUUGAUUUGGCAAGGGCUGGAGCAGGACAGAUACUGGCUUGGAAGGGAAGUGAGCGAGUUGCCGGUGGACGCGGUGCAACAAGCAAUCGCACAAGAAUUGAGCGCGUCGAAACUAUGA